AUCAACAAUUCAUAAACCAAAAAGCAAGUACACACUACAAUAAUGGCCUGCUCCUUCAAAGUUCCAUUUUUGGUCUUAGCCACCAUUUUCAUUUCUAUGGCUAAUCCAACCUUCGCCGUGGUUUACACCGUUGGAGACACUGCCGGUUGGUCCAUUGGUGUCGAUUACAAUUCUUGGACUUCCGGAAAGACCUUCGUCGUAGGCGACACACUAAUGUUCAAUUAUGGAGGUGGGCACACUGUGGAUGAAGUGAGUGGGAGUGACUAUAACUCAUGCAUGGCUAGCAAUUCCAUUAGUAGCGAUAGCUCUGGCGCUACAGCCAUCACUCUCAAGAUGCCUGGUACUCAUUACUUCAUUUGUGGUGCACUUGGUCAUUGUAGCAACGGCAUGAAGCUCGCGGUCACGGUUGCAGAUUCUGGAGCUCCCUCCUCUACAAUCCCAGCUCCAUCCCCCACCGAAGGAGUGUCACCGUCUACAGCACCAUCAUCUCUUGGAGGAGUUUCUCCAACGACAAUGCCAUCCAUCGAUUUUGCUCCCAAAGAUACCGACUCCUCAUUGGUUAACUCCCCAACAUCGUCCAAGGUUCCGAUCGAGGCAUCUUCUGCUACUAGUGUCUCUGGAUUUGCAACGAUGGUCAGCAGCUGGGCAGCCGCUGCGGCCGGAGUCUUGUUUGUUGUUGUUUAGGAUGGUAACUCCAUGUGUGGUCAGGCGGGAGGCAGAGCAUUUUGUGAAAAUUCAUUUUCUUCUGUUUUGGUGGUUUUUUCUCAAGCAAAAGUAUAUUAUUGUCACUAAACUUUUAAUUAGUCUCAGUGUCUAUAGUGUCCAUUUAAUCUUUGAUAUUUGAAAAGGAACAUUUCCAACCGAUCGCUUAAAAUCACUAUUAAACUUUGAGAUUAAA